AUGGCAGCCAUCGCCUCGGGAUCGUCCGUCACUCUCGAACACAUGGAUGCCGCCGACCGCGCCUGGGCCAUCCAGGAGAAUCGCUUCCGCGCCAAAGCUCGACUGCGCCUCCAAGCGCGCGCACGCAAACCUCGCAGCAAGCCCGCCGCACCUCCCGCUUCCUCCACCGCCACUUCUUCCGUCGCGACGCAGGCAUCAAACGGUCAGCCGCCCAAUGGCGCUGCGGUCCCCUCCAUCGGUCCCAACGCCAACCUGCGCUCGGUACCUUCCACGAGCCGCAAUGCGCAGCUCGAGCCGGGCCAGCUCAAGGUUGUCGGUAGCAAGGGCAACGCUGCGCGCACGCGCAAGGUCGACGAAGGCGAGAUCCCUCUGCAGCGAGACAAAUCUCUUGGCGACUACAUCGAAUUCGACCUGUCCAAGCUGCACAAUAGCAAGGGUGGAUUCUUGAUCGAUGACGACGACCCUGCGACGUCGGCCAAGACGGCGGAAGAGCUGCGCAAGGCCAAGGAGCGCGAACGCCAGCGUCUGCGCGAUUACGCCGAACCAGGCAUCUCGCUCGACAUCCAGAGCCGACCCGUGUGCGAGAACUGCGGCAGCCCAGAGAUCAUCGACCACCCGUUCAAAAAGGUGUUUGGCAUCCUCGUGUGUCGCAAGUGCGAGCGCGACAAACCCGAAGCCUACUCGCUGCUCACAAAGACCGAGGUGAAGCAAGACUACCUGCUCACCGAUGCCGAGCUGAAGGACGAAGAGCUCAUGCCCCAUCUGCUCAAGGCGAAUCCGCACAAGGCGACGUACUCCAACAUGAUGCUCUUUUGCCGCAAACAGGUGGAACAGUUUGCCUUUGGCCCGGGCAAGUGGGGAUCGGAAGCAGGGCUGGAUGAGGAGUUCGAACGCAGAGAGGAGGAAAAGGCCAAAAAGCGCGGAAAGAAGUUCCAGCAGGGUCUGGCGGAUCUCAGGAAGCGCACGAGGGACAAUGUGUGGCAGAAGCGCAAAGAUCAGGAGCACGUGCAUGAGUGGGAGGAGGUCGAAGUGCGUGGAAAGGCCACCCAGCGAUGCACACAGUGCGGAUACGCCGUCGAGGUCGAAGUGUUCUAG